CUUCGUUGUGCUAUGUCCCAGCACAUACCUUAGAGGUAACAUUCAGAAAUUAGAGACUUAACUUGACGAAAUGGAACGUAGAGACACCUUUUGCUACUUAUGUGCAGUUAAAUUCUUGAACUUGCUGCCAGAUGAGGUAGUCAAGGCGACUUCCCAGGAGUAAGCUUGACAUAUUAUUAGGGACUCAGGACAAUAUUUCGCUACGAUUUGAUAUAAUUUCUCUUUUUCACCAUUAACCUUACUUAGGUUCGUAUCUUAAGGUAUCGGUUGCUCACGGAUACUGGAUACGGAAUCCCAUUAAGCUAAAGCUUCAGCCACAACCAUUUGAAUCAUUUUGGAUAUAAAAAACUCCCGUCAUUUUUGAAAUUUACGUUACAGGUCCGUGUGAUGGCUUUGGUUUCCUAUGGGAGUUCGGGGGAGGAAUCUAAUGAUGAUGAAGAAGAUUUGGUUGUCAGCAAUGAGAGUACUACAACAACUAACAGCAUAUUGAAAGACCGAGUUGAACCUGAGUUUAAAAUGAGAGUCCCUAAAAGUGCUAAGCUACCUAACCUUGUCCCAAACAUUCCUAUUGUCAAAACAAAAGACGGUAAGGUUUUGCUUUCCGUCCCCGAUUUGGAAGCGGUAAGUACAUAUUUAUUGUACAAUAUCGUGCAUACUUUUAAUUUAUUUGCAGUUGGAUUCGUCAGAUGACAGUGACGAUGAAAGCAGUCGUUCAGCUAAGAAUAACAAGUCCUAUCGAAAUUCUAAACCGGGAACAGAUAAAGUUAGCCUUCUUUCUGUCCUUCCACCAACACGUGCACUUAUUGUCCGAGAAGGGAACAGACCAAUGAUACCACAUCAACUAAUAUCUAAAAAGAAUACAAGUCAUACUAUUAAAGAGACAUUGACUAUGAAAACCAAACCUGAAAAUGUUGGACAGAAACCAGGCUUUCAGAAUAACAACGAUGACGAUGACGUUUGGGAUGCUGACAUAACCAGCAAACAAGAUUCUGAUAAAGACACUUUAGAGAUAGCUGAUGAAGAUGCUGAAGAAGUUAGUUUCUUUUCAUUUUACAAACCUACACCUAAUAAUCAAGAAGCUGUCGCUUCAGAAAGAGCAGCCGCACUAUCGGCACUACAAGCAACUCGAAAAAAAGCUGAGUUGUCUAGCAAACCAUUAACUGUAGACAAUGAUGAUAGUAAUUCAUUAAUAACAGUUAAGUUGUCACAUGAUGAAAACUCAACUACUAGUCGACACACUGCAAAAUCAUGGGAAGAGUGUUUACCAAAGGUUACUAUAAGUGAUCCGGAAAUUCUACGUCAAAUGUCUUCUGUUAAAAAAGAAAUCGCUGAACAAGAAGAUGAAAAAGAGGAUGUUGAAGAAAAGGUCUUUUGGACAGAAGAGAAUUUCGUUCCUGGUCCAGAGCGUAAACGUGCACGUCUUGUUAUGCCUGGUACAAAAUCUAACAAUAUUGCUGUAAAUGAAUUAUUACAAUCAACAAAUACAGAAGUGAUAUCAAUUAAUCAAUCUGAUUUAACAGCUGGUGCUCAAUUAGAACUGAUUAAAUCUGUUACAAGUGAUGAUUCACAGUAUAGACCAAAGUCUACAGAUGAUGAUCCUGGCAAAUUAGCACAUAGAAAGCAUCAAAUCACUUGGCUAGCUCAUCAAGCUCAAGAAAAUGAAAUGGAAUUAGAAAAACGUUGGGCGGAAGCAAGACGUAAUAAGGCUUCAAAUCGAGCUAAAUAUGGAUUUUGAUUUUUUAUUGGUCAAAUAUAGAAUUGUUUUUCAUCCUGCUGCCCAACUACCAACAUUUUAUGUGAAUAUGUAAAUAGUACUUGUAAUAUGUCUUUUUUUUUGUAUAGAGCUUAUUCUAAGUUCCUUCAGUAAGUUUUAUUUAUUUCCACUGUCCUACUGCAAAAUGUAGUAUUUCGUUGUAAAUAUAAUGUGGUCGUUUAUUG